AUGAGCAGGGUUUUCUUCCGGCGCCAUUACCCCAGUAACACUGUGACCUUCUGUGACACUGACCCUCAGGACAGGAAAUGGAGUAAACCUGAUGGAGGCUCUGCCAAGUUGUUUGGCUUCGUGGCACGUAAACAGGGCAGCACCACAGACAACGUGAGCCACCUGUUCGCAGAGCUGGACCCCGCGCAGCCCGCCAGCGCCAUCGUGAGCUUCGUGUCCAAAAUGAUCACCGCACACAAGAGAUGAGAGCGCGGCCCACUCUUCUCGGACUCUCCUACGCGACGAAUAUUCACAAAGAAAACCCCGCUAACUUUCCGCUCUCUCCGUCUCCAAGCGCCACGUACUUUCUUGCUUCCUGCUUUGAAAACUUCGGAAACUUUCGGAAAAGACAACGUUUUCGGGAUUGUAUUUUUGGAUGGAGUUCAGGGUGGACCAGAGGAAGUGCGAAUGCGGUGAGACAGUUUGGACACGAAGGGAAAGGCGUUUAUGUGCACGUGAUUUUUAUCAAUUUAAAAGACAAAGUUAAGUUGUAUGUUUUUUAUUUCAAGGGCUUUUAAAUCUACCGUACCUUUCCAAUAUGGCUACCAAAGAUGACAGAAGUAGUGGGGCGUGCACUGGGGCUGGCGAGGGGGGACAAAAUGGCUGCUCAGUCCGAAAUACUGGUCUGUUUUGAUGCUGUAGUUAUGGUUACGCUCUGCUCCGAUCUGAGCGACGUCUGUAUUGUAAAUAUUGAGUAGUAAAAAGAGUGGCUUGAAAUCACAACAUGCCUGAUUUUUAUACGUACGCAAAGCUUAAAAUGGACGCAAAAACCCAGGCUCGAACCCGAAAUAUGCAAACGAACGAAGGAUUCACCGUCGAGUAGCGUUUCUGUGCUUAUAGACACUUGAUGCUGAUUGGUCCUUCACUAAAAUAACACUUUUUGGAGAAAAUUCGUUCAUUCGUUGUUGUAAAAUUAAAAUAUUAAGAGUUAAAGAACAAGGCAAACACACUGUAUGUUGACGUAAAGCUGCACUGUGUAAAUUUUUGGUUGCUUGUUUCUAUGGAGAUGUCAUUGCUUCGCCUAGAAUGUUCCACAGUACGACAUUAAACACCUCUACUUUACAUUUAUUCAAUUAUUGGUGGAUUUAUAGCUCAAAAAUUUGUAAAAAAAACAUACGUUUUGACUGUGAGCGGCGUCGCCUCUCCACAGAUCUGACCUGUAACUUGGUCCGGUUUGGUCUCCAUGGACAUAGAAAGGUUUAAUGCCACACUGUGAAACAUUCAAGGCAAAGAAAGAAAAGCAUUUAGUUACACAAUGCUUUGACAAUGAAAUAUUUUAAAGUUAAAACGUGGCUAAACGUCUUUGUAACUUUCGGUUUAUAACAUUUCAGAAGUUGACAUAGCAGUAAGCGCUUUUGCCUCUUAAUCAGAAGGUCCGAGGUUCGACUCCCGGGCAGCUCCACUCUGGGGACUGGACCAGAGUCUGAAAAAAGAGAUUCUAAAGCUCAGUGGAACUUUCCUGAUUAAAUAAAGACUAAAUCCAGAAAUAACAAACCGUGACUGGCAUCUGGUGAGCUAUGAGCACAGUUAAUGUUACUCUAAAGAUGCAUUACAGAACUUUUCUUGUGGUACGCUACCUGCUUGUCUCCAUGGCGAUGUCAUUGCUUUACCCGGAACGUUCCACGGUAUAUCUAUCAAGCCGUUAAAGUUAUUCAGUUGCAGAGCUUUCUACUGCUCAAAAAUACGUGUUCAUGCUGCGAGCGGGGUUGCCUCUCCACAGAUCUGACCACAAUCACAAUCAUCGGGGAUACCGUAUUUUUCAGACUAUAAGUGCACCGGAUUAUAAGGCGCAAUGGCAAUAAUGUUGAAUUCUCUCGUCUAUUUUCAUACAUAAGGUGCACCGGAUUAUAAGACGCAAACAAACGGACGACUCUUGAGACUGAUCCUU